AUGGAAUAAGCUUCUAAUUAUUUUUUCAAUUGCCCUUAAAAAUAACAUAAGGCCUUUUGGGAUAGAAAUUUUCAUAUAUUGUUAAAUCAGCAUGAAAAUUUCUAAUUUUCAAAUGAUAACUGCACUACUUUCUAUAAAAAGGGGAAGAUAUUUAAAAAAUGGAUACCAAGACUAUAUUCUGUGUAAGGAAAUUAUUUAUUGUAUGGAGACACUGUAAAAAUAUGAUUUUAUUCAGAAAAUGAAAGGGUUCAGGAAAUUAGAUUGCGUAUACUUGCAUUACAGCUUACUAGACAACAACUAUAGAUAUCAAUUGCAACUGAUAUAUUGCGGAUUUAUUCUAGACCUCUAUACUGAUCAAAAGAAAGAUUACGACGAUUUCAAAGAGAUACUCUAACAGCAUUGCAUUUUAACAGAUUUUCAUACGUAAUUUAGUUUAAUGAAACAAAUUGGAUUUGGUUCGAGUGCCUAAGUAAUUUAAAAUAAGUCAAUAGUCUUUAGGUUUACAUAGCCAAAAGCAAUUACAAUAAGUAGUACUAUGCUAUCAAGAGAGUCUAGAAAAACUAUUCAAUUUAAUAGAAGAAGUUGGAACAAGAGCAGUCUCUAAAGAAUGAAAUCCAGAUAAUGAAAGAACUUAAUCAUCCGAACAUUAUAUCUUUUCAUCAGGUGUUUGAGACUAAUAGUAAUUAAUUAAAUAAUAAACAAAUUAGAACAUAUCAAUCUUGUUUUGGAAUUAAUUUAAGGAGGGGAAUUACUCAAACAGGGAUAAUAUAAAAGUAUUCGAGAUGCUAGGAUGGUUGCCCGUUAAUUGGCUUUAUGUGUUGAUUAUAUGCACUAAAAAGGGAUUAUGCAUCGAGAUUUGAAGCCUCAGAAUAUUUUAUGUAAAUCUAACACAUCCGAAGUUUUGAUAGCUGAUUUUGGUUUGGCAACCUACAUAAAGGACUAAAAAUAAUUAUAUUACAGAUGUGGAACAACUGGAUAUGUUGCUCCUGAGAUCUUGAUGUAUAAGGAGGGAUCGAAGAUGUACAAUGAAAAAUGUGAUAUCUUCAGUCUUGGUGUCAUUUAUUAUUAACUGUAUUAAUUUUAUCAACCUUAAAUUUAAGAAUUUAUAAUACUCAUCCGUUUAAAGAUACUUAGAAAGCAGGGAUACUAAAGAAGAAUAUGGCAGUCGAAUACAAGUUCGAAGAUUCAAUCAAAGUUCCUUAGAGUUGCAAGGAUUUAAUAGCUUAGAUGUUAAGAUUAAAUCCAAAGCAAAGACCCACAGCAUCUCAAAUAUUGAGACAUGAUUUCUUCAAUGAAUCUUUGAAUGAACUUUCUUAUCCGAGUCUAAUCAGUUCAAUUUAGGAGUAUUUAAUUAUUGAUAAAUUGAUCAGUUUAAGUGAACAAAAGAAAUCUGGAUAGUCUUUUAAUUCAUAGAUCUGUGAAUUGAAGUUAUCAACAUUUCAGAAAAAUGGUCAAACUGUUUUUGAGAAAAUCCCUUUAUUGGGAUACUAUGAAAUGUCCAACAAUCACGAGUUAAAAGAGAGAUCUCCAAUUUGGAAUAAGAGGAUCGAAUUAUAGAGACCAGCCAGUUAGCCAAGAUCUAAGGCCCAAUCUCUUAACACGUAGAAGAAUCCAGAGAUCAGGGGCAACAAGGUCUCUAUAUUUCGACAACAAUCUAAGAAUUCAGAAAAUGAUCUAGAUUAAUCUCAUCAAUAUCCAUAUACAAGCUUAAUCAACAGAUGUAAAAUAAAGAAUAAAUGA